UCGAUCACACCUAUCGUCGAGAGCAAGGCCAUGGCGAAGCCGUGAUCGAGACAAGACGAGGACGCGAACACCCGAUCCUUCAUCACAGCACCCGUGCGUGCCCAGCAGCACCAGCCACGCCCCGACCGUGCCAGCGAGCAGCCCGGGGCCCGACCCAUACCCUUCUUAUAUUUUUCGAACCCUUAUGUGUGUUAUGAAUACUCGCCACCGUAACCGUCAGCCAUCCCCAUCUCCUUCUCCUCCUCGUCGUCAGCGCCAGGCCCCUCCGGCCAUGGACCUCACUCAGCUGAUUGUUCAGUUUCAGCGCAUGAAUGCGCCUACUUUCUCGGGGAAAGAGAACCCCACAGCUGUGCUUGAGUGGAUGAAGGAGCUGGACAAAAUAUUUGAUGUACUCUCCCUUCCCGACCGUCAGCGCGUGUCUCUUGCGGUGUAUCAGAUGAAAGAAGACGCCUCAGAUUGGUUGAUUGAGCUUUGGUCUCGGAGGCCCGAGGCGGAGCUUCAUGCUCUCACUUGGGAGCAAAUGAAAGUGAUGGUGCGCAGUAAGUUCCUCCCUCAGAGCUUUUGGGACAGAAUGGAGUACGAAUUCUAUCACUUACAGCAGGGCAGUUCCUCGGUGGAUGAGUACAUCCGCACUUUCACCCGUAUGUGCCUUUUUGCGGGUGAUGCGGUGAACACUGAUGCUAAGAAGGCCCGGAAGUUCCUCAAGGGUCUCAACCAGAGGAUUCGCGAGUUAGUGGGAAGCCAUGGACCGAUGUCUUAUGCUGAUACCAUGAGCCGAGCCCAGGAGGUGGAGAGCUGCCUCAUUCCA